AUGUCCCCGAAAUGGCUGCUUUGCUUUUUGUUGUCCGUUUCGCUGGCCACAUCCGAAGACGGCCCUAGCAGCCCGCAGCAAGAAGAGAUCACAGUCCCGCCGAAUGUUACUUUGAAGGGAUCGACUGUGGUGGUUCGGCGGCCGUUGGUAAGAGUGGAAUUGCUCAACAGCGCACGCGCCAAGAACAGACUGCCGUGGUGGUAUGACGUGAUAGCGCCCGGGACACCUGUCCUUGUUUCAAGGCUCUACGUUGGUCUCGGUGAGCUGCAGGUGAUUUGUGCGUGGCAGUUGGUGGCAGCGAUCUACGCCCUCUACGGCCUUUACUGGGUGGCCAUCACCGGCGAUUUCAGCAGGAUCCAUCUUACCGAACAGCGCGAACGUGCUACCCGCCGGGCGGAGCAGAAGGACGAGUGUGAGAAGGAGAACAAACUUCGGCGGAGUCUCGGUCUGCCGCUCCUUGCCAAACCCGCGGACGUGACCCCCACCGAAUCGCCGACUGACCGGGGCCGUAGCCCAGCAGUCUCUCCCGUU